AUGGCCGCCGUCCACCCUGUGGUCCUUAUUCUCGGUGCGGGCCCCAAUAUUGGGCAAGCUAUUGCUCACACCUUUGCAUCCCAGGGAUAUAAAGUCGCUCUCGCCGCCCGAUCCUUGAAGGAGAUCGAUAGCACCGAAGAUCAAUUAAAUAUCCAGAGCGAUUUCUCUAAGACCGAUGAUGUUGUUAAUACCUUCGCGAAAGUGAAACAUAUACUCGGGAUACCUAGUGUAGUUGUCUAUAAUGCCAGUGCUGCAAAUUUUACUCCAGCAGACGAUCCCUUUGCUCUUUCUCUUGAAGGUUUAAAAGCCGACACUACCAUCAAUAUUUACAGCGCCUUUGUUGCUGCACAGCAAGCUGUCCUAGGAUUUUCACAACUCCCGGACUCAGCAGCGCGUACAUUUAUUUACACUGGUAAUAUAUUAAACGUGGCUGUCCUCCCGAGGUUCGUUUCUGCGGGCAUUGGGAAGUCGGGUGCGGCUCAUAUGGUUUGGGCGUCAUCGGAGGCAUAUAAAAAUCGUGGAUACAAGUUUUACUACGCGGAUGAAAGAAAGGCGGAUGGAUCACCAAAGUACCGUAUUGACGGCGAGGCACAUGCAAAUCUCUACUGGGAGCUGGCUCACUCAAAGACCCAAGGACCCUGGAUGCAGACAUUUGUGAAAGAUGAGGGGUACAAGAAGUUUGGAAAUCUAUAUACACCACUCGCUUGA